UCGUGAGCAUUACUACUCCAUUUCUAAUCAAGAAAAGAAAAAUGGCAGGGGAUAAGGUGAUUCUGCUUGAUUUUUAUCCUAGCAUGUUCGGAAUGAGGGCGAGAGUGGCGUUAUCAGUGAAGGGCGUGGAAUACGAAUACAGAGAGGAGGACUUGCGCAACAAAUCCCAGCUUCUUCUUGAAUCCAACCCCGUUCACAAGAAAAUCCCCGUUUUGAUUCAUAACGGCAAACCCGUUUGUGAAUCGCUCAUCAUUGUUGAGUACAUCGACGAGGUUUGGAACCACAAAUCCCCUCUCUUGCCUUCCGAUCCUUACCAGAGAGCCGAAGCUAGGUUUUGGGCUGAUUACAUCGAUAAAAAAAUGUAUGAUGCUGGGAAAAAGGUAUGGACUACGCAAGGGGAAGAGCAAGAAGCGGGGAAGAAGGAAUUCGUUGAGAUUCUGAAGCAGUUGGAGUCGGAGCUGGGGGAGAAGCCCUUCUUUGGCGGUGACAACUUCGGAUUUGUGGACGUGGCAUUGAUCACAUUUUCGACAUGGUUCCACACCUAUGAGACUUUGGGGAAUUUCAGUAUCAAAGAGCAUUGCCCCAAAUUGAUUGAGUGGGUGAAGAGGUGUUUGGAGAUAGGAGAAGUGUCCAAAGCGUUGGCAGAGCCCAACAAGAUUUAUGACUUUGCUUUGGCCCUCAAGAGCAAGUUUGCUGCCCAGUGAUUUUAUUGCAUAGUCUACUAGCUAGAGUGUGUGUGGCUUUUAUGAGUUGUAUUAUUUUACAGUUUGUUUUUACAAUAAUAAAGAUCUAGACUCUCUGGACUA